UUGGCAGCAUUGGGCCAUGCCCCACAGACACCUUCACUGAAAAUCCUUGGAGCAGAGGAGAAGCAUUGCUGCUUCCCCUCUCCCAGCCACAGGGGCUGCAGAGCAGGGGCUGAAGGUGAGGGACAAGGGCACUUUACAGAUGCAUGGGGAAAUUGCAAAUCUCUUCCACUGACGUCCAUAUCAAUGCUCAAAGUGAAAAGCAGAUCGUUUAAAAGAUAAACAUGACAUGUUUCCAUUUCUCUGUCAACUAAAGAGGUGAACUCAUUGGCUUGGGGUUUUACACACCUUUAAAGUAACACGUAUCACACAGAAGAAAAGGCACUGUAUGACUGCGCACUGCUGCGGUGAGGACCUUGCCUGUGUCUUGUCAUUGCAUCAUCAGCUAAGUAUUUCAGACACGGUGUUGGAUUAUGGAGGGGAACUUGACGUACCUGCUGGGCAGAGGGGACUCUGAGGACAUGUUGGUAGAUUACACGUCACCAACAUCUAACUUCUCUGCAGCCUAUGAAUAUGCCUUCCUCUACCCAGAGCUGGACAUCAACUGUGAUCUUGAAAAUAUCCCAGCAUUUGCAUCUACUUUUUUUCCAGUGCUGUACUCCCUACUGUUUGUGACUGGUCUCGUGGGAAAUGUUUUGGUCGUUUGGGUCCUAACAGUCUUCAGGAAAGUCAGGGCCAUGACUGACGUGUAUCUGCUGAACCUUGCCAUCUCUGACCUCCUCUUUGUUUUCUCCCUCCCAUAUUUGGUUCACUACUCCAUCAGGAACCAGUGGACUUUUGGAAAUGCGAUGUGUAAAAUCAUCAGCUCAGCUUACUUCAUUGGUUUUUACAGCAGUGUCUUCUUCAUAACCAUCAUGAGUGUCGACAGGUACUUGGCCAUUGUCCGGUCUGUCUAUGCUCUAAAGGUUCGGACAGCUGCCUAUGGGGUUAUCGCCAGCAUAGUCCUUUGGGCAGUUGCCAUUUUAGCAUCAGCACCAGACUUAAUUUUUUUCCAGGAAACAAAUGACAAUAACUGGACUAAGUGCAGCCCUCACUAUUCCGAUAGCAACAAUGGCUGGAAGACUUUCAGUAAUUUUGAAGUCAAUGUCCUGGGGUGGUUGAUUCCUGUUGGUGUCCUCAUUUUCUGCUACCACAACAUCUUGAAAAACCUGCAGAAGUGCCAUACUCAGAACAAGUAUAAAGCAAUGAAACUAGUUUUUAUUGUCGUCAUUGUGUUCUUCCUCUUCUGGACCCCCAUCAACAUUGUGCUUUUUCUGGACUCUCUGAGGAAAAUGCACAUCAUCGAUGACUGCCAGACAAGCCAAAGGCUAGACCUAGCCACGGAGCUGGCUGAGGCGCUCUCCUUCAUCCACUGCUGCCUCAACCCAGUCAUCUAUGCCUUUGUGGGUGAGAAGUUCAAGAAACAUCUCCGUGAAGCUUUCAGAAAAUACACGCUUUUUCUGUUGAUCUGCAAAGACUAUGGUGCUUUCAAUGGGCGCAGCCUGGACAAGCACUCCUCUAUGUACACGACAUCCUCACAGUCAUCUUUUGUUGGCACUGUCCUGUAGAGCUACAGGUCAGAAACUUUCAUCCUGAGCAGGUGACCUGAAGCUGAGGAAUCCUCCCAGCAGGGCAUCCACAGGGAUGCACUGUUUGGGUGACAGGAAAAAUGGAAGCAACUGCUUGAGCUUGUUUUUAUCAAGGUUACCUUUGGGGUUCUUACUUUUUAGCAUCUUUUUUAUCAUUGUUCUCCCUUUCCCUUGGCACAUCCUUCCCUGCCUGCUUUGUCAAAGGGAAACCAAAAUGACCAGUGGACUCCUGCACUGCCUGAGCAGCACAGAGAAGUGCCUUAGAAACAUUUCUUCCCCAACCUCAUAUUCAGUGCUGAAAGGAACUGUUUACGUUUUUGAAUUUGGGACACUUGGCCACUCCUUUCCUCAUUUCAGCAGAAUGGAUUGGCAUUGCAGGCAGGGACAGAGCUCACAGCAGGAGUAGGAAUUUGCUCAUUAGAGGGAAGCAGUGCCCAAGUUUAAGGCAUCAUGCCAGGGCCUGGCUCCCAGUUGACAGGUCUGAAUGAGGUUUCCAGCCCAGAAAGAGUUUAGUGAGUGAAUAAUGAGAUAAGCAACAAAGCACAUGCUAUGCACGUGUUUUGUCAAAAUCAACAUGGAGGAAUAUCCAGGUAUAAUCCUGACUUCCCAUCUUCUACCAGGGCUUGCAGCUCCUGGUCUGGAAGAGUUUGGAAGCUGUAGCCUUGAAAUUACAUUGUGGGUGUCAAGAAAAACCCUUAUGCAAAUGAUUGAGUGCCUUAGGGACAAGUGGAGAAAUAGACACCAGGAAAAAAAGGCUGAGUGGAAAAAAUACUAAAUGUGAGCUGAAAAAGCAGUAAGAGUCAUAUGUCAAAGCUUCCUGCGGACACACUGGCUUGUAAACCACAGGCCAGGGCGGUGGCUGCUCUCAGCAGAGCCCUGGCCCGCUGGCCAAGGCGCUGGUUGCUCUGCAGGUGCCCGCAACAGGAUGGAGAGUGGCACGAACAACGGUAAUACACCAACCAUCCUGGAACUCAGGUGGUAUCUAAAGUGGAUAGCACUGGCUGGUUAGAGUGGCCAGAGGCUCCACAGAUGCCUAAAGCCCAGACAACACCCACACUUCCCCAGGAAGGAACUUUUUGAACACGUUAAGCAACUGAUGUGCCAGUCUGGUCACUGCUCUUGAGCAUACAGCUGGGGUUGACAUCCCAUUUACUGUUCUGACUUGGUAGCUGUGAAUGACUGAUUUGUAUGUGAAGGGUUACCCAAGAAUAUACAUAUAGAUGUACAUACGCAUACAUAUGUAUAUGUGCAUGUGUAUAUUUAUACACAUGCAUAUAUGUGCAUAUAUUUUAUAUAUAUACAGAUAUUGAUUG